CACCAAAGGUUAAAAACAUGGGCGCAGUAUUACCACCAAAAAAUUAACACACCUCACCUCAACAACCAUUGAUAAUAAUAAUGAGGAGAGAAAGGGCAAAAAGGCUCAGGUUCGGCUUGGAGAAUCCCCUUCGGGUUUCUCCCCCGACAGAUGUUCUUUUUUUGUUUUGUUUUUUCCUUCUCCCUUUCCUCUUUCCUUCUGACCGUCUAGCUUUUUUUAUCAUACUUCCCUCGUUCGCUUCAACCCCCCAUCGGUUGUGUUGCUCUCUCCUCCCCCCCACCACUCUCCUUCCCAAGCUCUCGAGCCUCCUACCACGCUACGCUCACCACGCCAUGCUACUGCCACACAACGCUCGACCCCCUCUUGGCGUGGGGUAGUUUUGACAUUGAAAAAUGGGGGAAUCGACACCCACAGAUUGGGUUCCAGUUUACUUGUAAGAGUUUUCAGAUAGAGGGACUAGCCCCAAUAGGAUCAAAGUGAGCCAUUUACAGGGCUGGAGAUUCUUGCUGGAUUGUGUUUUUUUUUUUUUUGGGGGGGGGGGGGGUGGGGAGGCGGUUGGAGGGGUUGACCGACGGAUGGUCCGAAUCGUUUUUUUCUCACUACCGCGACGGCAGGUUGGUAAUGGGGAAAGCGGGGUGACGGGUAUAUAUUUUAUUUCCAAAGUUUACUCCGCAGUAAUAUUUCCUCUC